GGUGAUAGUCAUCGUACAUUUGACAUAUUGUAGCCUAGUUUGUUUACAUCCUCCUGCAAGGCCAAGACUUUGUCGCAUUUUCUGUGUCUAGUCUAAAAUGGCACCAGUGGAAGAUGCCAGUACCUGUUACAUCUGCAAUGACAAGCGUCGGACAGCAGACACUGAUGCGGCCGUCACCCCAACAAGAUCCCCAGCUGACUCAGAAACUUUGAAGGACACCCUUAUCCGUGCUCUUUCCCAUGGGCACGUGGAGGACUUAAUGAGCGAGUCAGAGAAGGAAUCACGGAUAAGCAGUGGUGUGUGUGUGGUGUCUUUGAACUCAGGUUGUGAUGGAGGGCUGGAGGCAGUGAGUGACAGAGUGGUGGAUGACCAUGUUGUGAUCUGCAGGAGGUGCACAGGUCUGCUGAAAGAUUUUGAACACCAUGAGCGCACAGCAGGAAAGAUAGCACAGGAUAUCAGGAGGUUCUUGAUGCGUCAGAUGGAGGCACCGGAAGAGGAUGUCUCAGGUGUGAUUUUGGCAGCUAACCACAGAGCUCAGAGCUCCGUAAAGAAGACAGUUGGAAGGACCCACAGUGAACGGCAGGGUAUCAUGGCAGCCCUCAGAGCACUCAGGAAGUCAGGCAUGACAGAUUCCAAGAGACGAGGAAGGAAAAGGAAAAAAGACCUAGCUUCUGAGGGAAUGAAAAUAGAAGAGGAAGAGAAGAAGGAGGAAGAUGAGGGUAAUGUUGUCAAGAACACAGAGAUGAAGGAAGAAACUAAUGGAGAGGAAAGACAGCAGGAAGCUACAUCAGCUAGACAGAGUCAAAGGAUCCAGAGGAGAAGAGAGGAUGGUUUGGUCAUGCGUUGGGGAGAUGCCAUGUAUGAAAAUGAGGAUGAGGACAAGUCAGGGGAGGAUACUUUUUCUGAUUGCUCCUCAGAUGCUUUGUUUAAGGAUCAGCCAUACGUUAGGAGAGGGAGGGGAAGAAAAGUUACCCGUGUUGUGAGGUCUAUGUCCCCAGGCAGGGCUGAGUAUGAAAUGGGAAUCAGACUACAGUGUCCAUUUUGCUUGCGGUAUUACAUCCCCAUGAGCUCCCGCAUGCAUGGCUGCACCUCCUAUAAAAAUCAGCUGCGAUGUCACACAUGUAAUGUAUUUUUUACUACCUACAUUAGGCUGGAGAGGCAUUUGGAAGUGAUACACCUGAAGCAGAAGAAGUUUGCUUGCCCUACAGAAGGCUGCAACUUCACCUGCAUUGCUGAGGCAACCCUCAUAAUACAUAAACACUUCCACGUCAUUGAGUCCUUUUCUGGAGGGAACAGUAAGGAGGCACAAUCAGCACAACAAAAGGAGACUGAGCAAAAAACAGUGAAUAAUGAAGAGGUUAUAGUUUUAGAUGAUGAACAUGAUGCUCCAAAAAUUGCUGACAGGGUCUCAUUUCUGUUGGAUGAAAAGAGCUUCCUCUCUGAUGGCCAUCAUCUCCACAUCACCACUCAUAAAGUUCCUAAGGAUGCAGAGGAUGAUUGUAAGAUUCUACACUUUCAAGGAAAUGAGAAAAAUGACAAUCCAUCAUGUCUAAGUGACAGAUGGGAAACUAGUACAUUAAGUCUUGAUAAAGGUGAAUGUGAGACUCUCAGGAAAAGUAAUUUAGUUUUGGAGUGUCCAAUAUGUGACAUUACUUUGGCAUCCACCAAGAGUUACCAGGAACAUGUACAGGAAGUGCACCAUAUACAAGUAGUGACCAAAAUUAUCGAUGAGGAUGGAACAGUCAAAGAGUCUCAGAGCUCAGAGCCUUUGACAAGAACAGUGAAGAAGUAUUAUAGGGUAAAAAAAAACUUCAUUGUAGCUCCAAAGGGUUUGGAUUAAAGAAGGAAGGAGAGGAAGAAAACAAGCAAUACAUAGAAGAUCAAGAUUUGUCUGAUAGAGGAAGUUACAGAGAGUCUGAGGUUGGAAACACUUUGGAGCACAUGUGUAAAGCCUUGUCUGGUGAGGAUAAGGAAGAGAAUCAGAACCUCAAGUUUGAAGAAAUGGUUAC